AUUGUGGCCACCCAUGACGCAGGCCGAGGACACGAAAGGUCCAUGUUGGGUCGCGGCGUGAAGCGAAAGCGGAGCCGUGUGGAGCUGCCGGCCAUGGCCGGCGAUGAGAAGCGACGGUGCGAGGACGCCGCAGAGUCGUCGUGGGCCGGCGACGUGCGUCAGCGCGUGCUGGGCCUCGGACUGGAGAAGCUGCGUAGCUCCCGGAGCGGUGCCGAGCUCAGCCUGCGCCGCUCUGUGCUACUCAUCAACACGCUGCGCCAGAUCCGCCACGACAUGCGGGACGAGAACCCGCGCGGGCCGCCUGACUCGCCUCUUCUGAGCAACGACCUCACGUGUCCAGGUUGCGAAGAGGCUGGCCCGGAAAGUGCGGCCAGACCGGAAACCUUGGUGCAGGAGGCCUUUUUCGGGGCCUUUAGCGACGCGGUCAACGCCGUGAGUUACCUGGCCGACCUGGCGCCGGACGACAUUUUCGAGGACAUCGACACGUCCAUGUACGAAAGCUCGGACUUUUCCGCGGGGUGGACUCUAUGGCCCUUGGGCAUGUCCGUCUGGGCGGACCAGGAUGAAAAAAGCCCCGCUUCGGGUCGCCAGUCCUGUGCGAUGGACAUGAACGAGCUGGACCACAUCAUGGAGAUCUUGGUCAAGUCCUGAUGCAUCAGAAAAACAAAAAAGUCCUGCUAGUCAACUCACUGGCUGCUACAGACGAACUAGAGUUGCUUUAAAAAUGAACUGUUUUUACAUUGAGCACACAAUAAUGUCGCCCUUUCACCACUUACUCAAACUCAGGAAACACAUCAAAAACCUUCCUAUACUGUUCUAACAUCUGUAAUGUUAUUUCAUAAGCUAACAUUGGCUGCCAUUGAUAGCGACAGACAUUGGAUGUCUAUCACCGUAUAUGGCCCUUAAACAUGAUCAUAACCUUUUAUUUUACGGAUGAAUUGAUUAACAGCUAAUCAAAUAUCAAAUGAAUUGACAGCUUUGAUAGCUUUAGAGAGCUUUGACAGUUGAUAGUUUAGAAAUUCUGAGAUUCUCAAUAGUAGAUAUUCUUCUAGUUUUAUUUAUUUAAAUUUUAUAAAUUAUUAUUAUCAUUUUUAGAAAAAUAAACAGUAAAGGUUCUCUUUUUUAUUAUUUUGUUAUUUUACAAUAUUGUAUAUAAAAUUAAUAAGGAAAAUAGCACUAAAUAUUUUGUUUAAAUUUUUUUUUUGUUGAAUCACAAGCUUUUUUUAUUAUUGUUUUUCACUUUUGAAAUGUUAUAUUUCCUUAUUAUUUUUAAACUUACAAAAUGAAAAACAAACAGUAAGGGCCCUCUUUAAGUUUUAAUUUAUUAUUGUUUUAUUAUUUUUCAAUUUUUAAAAUAAAAUACAAAAUCGGAAAAUAACUGAAAAUAUUUUUAUUGUUAAUUUUGCUGAAUCACCAGCAGGCUUUUCAUAUUUAAAAAGAGGGUCACAAAGGUUCGGUAGUUGUCCAUUUCACUGAAUUUACUCAAAUUCCAUCCUAGUCUCAUCUACGGUGAGUCAAAGCGGUCAUAAAUACUGAAACGUUCAAUUCCAACCAUCCCUGUUCAAAUAAAUUUGACGUCUAUCACCGUCAAUGGCAGUCAAUGAGUCCGGUUGAAAUGCAAUCAAAGCAAUACGGCAUUCCCUGCCAAAAGGCAAGUUAUGACUUUAGUAGUAUGAUUUGACACAGAUAUAGAUAUAACGUCACACUCCGUUUUGCAAGUCAGAACCCUCAAGAUUCUACAUUCGCCAAAAUUAGCUUUUUUCACACUAUUAACACUGGCUUUUUUUUAAAAAAAUGGGUUACUGUCCUAAUGCAGAACUGGCAGUUUAUGUCUACAUGCGGAAUUGAAUGACUUUAAGACUGAAGCGGCCGUGACGACCAACUUUUGGAUUUUAUUACGGACUCCACAUCGUCCUAGCGGCGCCGCGUAUUUCAAUAUUUAUUCACCUGAACUCUUCAACCACAAGCCUCUUUUGCAAUUGUUCUCUCCUCCCAUUUUUAUGCAUGAAAAGUGACCACAAGCUUCAGAUUUGAAUCGUUUUUUCAGAGCGUUCCCAUCUUGAGACCACCUAGGGCUAUUUUACUAGCGUAUCCCAAUUGUCAUUUUCUACACGGAAAAGCUUCAGUGUGAAACUUUUGUGGUCCUUUUCGACCUCCUGUUGUUAAGUUCCUAGCUUUUACACGCGUGGGCCAAAUCUCGCCUGUCACAGUUCAACUCGGUGCCUUACUGGUUGUGCGUCUCUGGCCACGUCCACGCAUUCUAAAAUUUUGAAUUUUCAACCAAUGGGAAAGCUGGAAAAAAAAACGUACGCAGCCUUAUAUGUCAUCUGUUUUUUCUCGUUAGCGCAAUGUCUAACACGAGAGAAACGUGGUAUAGUCUGGACUGGUCUUCAGUCAUUUAUAUGACAUUCACAUGUGAAAUUCGCUGUCAUUGACGGUGAUAGACGUCGUCAAUGGCACUGAAACUAAAGACCAAAUAAGUACACAGGUCUUAAGUUUUUGAGUUCUGUUCUGAAUUCGACGCCUGAAGCUAAAUUUGUACACAGGACUGCGUCGUGGUCUGUCCAAAGCUACCCAAAACUUGCUAAAUGUCGUAUGUUGUGGUACAGCGAAAUAUGUUUACGCAUUUUUUUCUACGCACACUUUUGUAAGUCUUCCAAAAGAUGCUUUAUAUGGACGGAAAAAAAUCUUUCCAGAGGACCAAAGGCCCAAAUAGAAAACCUCCCUUUUUAACAAUAUCUGCAUUCAUGUGGACAUGGCCUGAGGCGUUUUGAGAGUCACUGACUUCAGCACACAAGCACCCCCACCACAGCCUGCUUCUUUAAUUUUACAUUUUUUGUUCUUUUAAUUCAUUCAUCUUAAAGAGAACCUCGGAUUUAAAGACUUAUAAGUACGGUUGUUCCGAUCAUGUUUUUUUUGCUCCCGAUCCGAUCCCGAUCGUUUUAGUUUGAGUAUCUGCCGAUCCCGAUAUUUCCCGAUCCGAUUGCUUUUUUAUUGCUCCCGAUUCAAUUCCAAUCAUUCCCGAUAAUUUUUCCCGAUCAUAUACAUUUUGGCAAUGCAUCAAGAAAAAAAUGAAUAAAACUCGGACGAAUAUAUACAUUCAACAUACAGUACAUAAGUACUGUAUUUGUUUAUUAUGACAAUAAAUCCUCAAGAUGGCAAUUACAUUAUUAACAUUCUUUCUGUGAGAGGGAUCCACGGAUAGAAAGACUUGUAAUUCUUAAAAGAUAAAUGUGACUUUGUAUAUUGUGACUAAAUAUUGCCAUCUAGUGUAUUUUUUUGAGCUUUCAGUAAAUGAUACUGUAGCCAUUUAACUGUUCUGCCCAAAUGCAUGAUGGGAAGUGGAACCAUGACUGUGCGUAGUGCUACCAAUUGAUAUAUCUUCUCUGCAUUGGGAAAUAACAUAAGGUGGUAAGAAAAAGAUCAAAUGCUACCUUGCUUCCCCACAUUGCUUCCCAUGAUAUUUCUAAUCGUAGGGAGAGGGACUGUAAGGCUUUAGCCAAUUAAAAAAAGGCUCCAAAGGCUGCCAAAAUUCACUCUACUCAUUUUCAUCCUGCCUUUUAUCUCUCUAUAUAGGUAAAACGGCGCCACUACAGAUUGAGCACGACAAUGCGUGGGUGGGUCGUGCAACGCAUGCAUUAAUUGCAUUAAAUAUUUUAACGUGAUACAUUUUUUUUAAAAAUUAAUUACCGCUGUAAUCGGGAUAAAUUUGAUAACCCUACCUUAAGCCUAAACUAAAGACUCUGGAUGAGUGUAACAUAUUAUGUCUGUAACGUUAAAUACAAUUAGAAAACAAUUUAAUUAAAAAAUAAAUAUAUAUUUAAAAAAAAGGCAUGGCCGAUAUUUUUUUUGCCGAUUCCGAUACUUUGAAAAUGACGUGAUCGGACCCGAUCCCGAUCGUUUGGGACAUCUCUACUUAUAAGCUCUAAUAAGCCACCGUUAUUCUCUUUGACUAAAAUAUGUUAUUAGAUUCACAUAAUGUAUUGCCAUUGAUUUAAAAAUCUCAAUAUUUAGUACGUGUUUUGACCUACGGAGGGCGCCAUGUUUUAGGCGCACAAUGGAUGCUCGGGGUGAUGACGUAGUUUGUCACUGUCACUAGACGAACACUACUGGGUUAGUGCAAUUCCUUCUACGCGGCGAGACAUCCAGCACAUGCGUAAAUUGGUUAAAAGCGGCGAGUACUUACUAUUCGUGUUUUUAUUUAGACUUUUAUGACCUUUUCUUUGCCUCAAAAUAUUUAUGCGUGUGUUUCCCUCUCAUUCUUCUAAGAAUUGUGUUUUCUUGUGGUAGCUCUAAAUCAGAUUGUUGAUCUUUUGACCACAUUAGCGUAUUCAAACCAACCUUAUUUGAUAUUACUAUGUUUAAGUAUUUUUUUAAGGCAUCUUGAGUAUGUUCUAUCUGUAUGCAUCUAAACAAAACAAGCUGUAAGCUUCAAAUUCAUCUCUCGUAGAACGAUUCGCCGGGUUUAGCACAUUCAGGCAGAAGACCGUUUUUUUUCCUACUCUCGUCUCAUCCCGUCUUACCUGUUCAUUUUGCUUUUACAGCUCGUUUUGUGAAAUAUCGACAGUGGUGUCAUGCUCGUCAAUGUUCCUCUCAGGUUCAAAUUGAAAGGGUUGAAUAGAUGACAUGUUUAUGUCGCUAGAGCAGUGGUUCUUAACCUUGCUAAUGGUACCGAACCCCAUGAGUUUCACACGUGCAUGAACCGAACCCUUUGGAAUUAGAUUUUUUUUUUUUUUUCAGAUUCAAAAUUGAUUUAUCUAAGCUAGCAAGCUAAAACCCAAGUGAAUUUCCAUUCAAAUUUAUUCAUAUUUAGACAGCAUGUUUUCAAACAGGCCAAAAUGUUUUUAUCUUUAUGCCUGCAGCAUCUGACUAGCCCAAUGCGCAUAUCUUAGAAUUUUGCAUUCAUAUUUGGAGGAAUAGGGUUUAGAAUAAACAUGAAUCUUCCCACAAAUCCAAUAAAUAGCGUUAAUUUACAGCAAAUAAUUUUGCUUUUUGAUUUGCUUUUCCCAUAGGAAAAUGAAAUUAUGCAAGCUUCAUUUCAGACUGUUUCUAUUUUUGUUUUCAUGUCGACAUUCUUAUUUUAUCACAUCCUUGCCUCACUAUUUUCACGGCGUAAAAUCUGACGCAAAUGUUUUUUUUUUUUUAUGUCAACGCAAUGCACGUUACCCGUAGAUCUGUUGUACUUUCUAAUACCAAGUGAGAGUCAACCUUCUACUGAGAAAACCCGUUCCUCCUCCCGUCAGAUAGAGGACUAGCAGUUGAAAGAAUUGGAGUAAAGAAUUGGGGACUAACCAGUCCAAAACCUGGUCUAAAAUGCCACUUUGCCUAGAUUUAGUCAGCAUCCAAAAACAGGGCCCUGCGUGUCUUAACCCUCACCGAACACCUUAGACUGACUCAUCGAACCCAGGUUAAGAACCACUGCGCUAGAGUUAUACUCUGGAAGCUCGGCAGCUUAACCAUGUGAUGUCAAUAACAAUGGCGACCUAGAAGUUAAAAUUAUUUUAUAAAUUGUAUAAAAACGAAAACAUUGAGGGGUUUCAAUAUCAAAUUAUUUUAACUCACAAUGACGAUUAUCUUUUAAGAACUACAAGUCUUUCUAUCUGUGGAUCCUUUAAAUAUUAUUCAUAUAUAUUUAAUCAAUGGUUGGCUGCAGCCCUUCUUUUAAAUUUUUGGAAAAUGUGUUGAUUUAUUUUAUUCGACUUUCUAAAAUGUUUUUUAUCAUUGAUUUUUUUCCUUUUCCUUUUAAUUAAACAGCUGACUGCAGCCCUUUUUAUUUUAUUAUUUCCCCCUAAUUUUCUUGAAAAAAAAAAAAAAAAAAAGAAAUCACAUUCAUGUAUUUUAUUUCAUUUUUUUUUUGUGGGUCAUUAUUGCUUGUUUGAAUUGUAUUAUUUUUUUAAUUGAAAAAUUGCCUAAUUCGUUCAGUUUUUCCAAUUUAUUUUAUUUCAGUAUUUUUUAUUGUCGUUUAUAUAUGUGUAUACAUAUAUGUAUAUUUAUUAACUGUUGUUUUUUUUCACACUAUAGAUUUUAGCCCUUCUUGUGUGCUCCGGCUUCCUAUUUCCUGACAAGCUAGUAGCUGAAGGAGGGGGUGGGGCGGGUUGAGGAUGCAUGGCUUACGUCACUCGUCAAGUGGGAGGAGUUUGAUCUUGUUUUGCCCGAGACUGGGACUGCUCAGCCAAUGGCGUGAGACGUACUCUGGUGACUUGUUUUCUUUCUAUUCAGCCUUUCUUUUCUGCGUUGAAAAACACAGGCUGACCAGUCAAAUAUUAUAUUUAAUUUAAUUUAACUAGAAGCAGAAAGAAUGCUGCUGUGUUAUUUAUGUGUGUGUGUGUUUUGAGGGUUAUAUAAGCACAAAGGCUGUACAUUGUGCAGACAAAUCUUUAUAUUCUAUAUAAAUGUAAAUGAAUUUGCAUUUGUUGAUUUUGAUUCAUAAUAAUAUUAUAUUGUAUUUUUUGUUGAAUAUUUUAUAUGUUCUAUUCACCAAUAGAUAAACUACAAAAAUGACAAUUGUCUUCUUUUACUUCACAAUGUAAUUGACGAAAUCUUGUUUUAUUGUUCUCAGAAAGGGCAAAAUAAAACCCCACAUUAUUAGUAAUAAUGAAUGUAAUCAAUAUUACUGGUACCACUCAGGCACGCAAGGCACUUCCUGUCUCCCGUGUCCUCCUGAGUGGGCGAGGCAUCGAUAAAGGCCAUGUGACACCAACGCGC